AUGAGAUUACUGACUUAUAUCAAUUUAUUAACUUUGUUGUCAUUUGCCACCGCUACCUACAUUGUUUUGUGGGCUAACUUGCCAGACCAAGGCUCCAACUACAAGACAUACUUCGGGAUCAACGACGACGCUUACCUUAUACCAGUUGAUAACAUCUACAGUGCUGCGAUUUUUUCUUAUGCUGAGGGAAAUAGAGGUCGGAUUCUGUUUACCUAUCAGGAGAAGUAUAAAGUGGGAUACAUGAACGGAAAUCCUUUUUUAAAGAUCUAUGAUACUAGCGAUACCUACCUGUCAGUGCAAACUGAUUUUUACUCAGGUCUAUAUGGUGAAGUCACGGUUUCCUACUAUGUUUGUGAAGACAAUGCUGAGUUGGGAAAUGAACAAUCACCAGGAUGUAUCACGGUGGAGUCUUUCUUUGUUGAAUCCUUAACUGAGGGCCAGAUCCAAGAAAUCAACAAAUAUGUACAAGAAUCUGAAGAAGAAAACUUGGAAACUGGUCCAGAUAAUUUGAACACCCAAAAUGGAGAAAAUAAUGACGGCGCGACUGAUAUUAAUGAUGAAGAAGAAGAUCCUAUCCAUGAAGAACCUGAAGAGGAAUCAGCUAAAUCUCCUGCUGAAGAGAAUCUGACUGUGGAUAAUCUGGACACUACUGACACUGACGAAAACUCAUCUGAAGGGUCUACACUUGAAGAACCGGAAGAGGAAUCAACUAAAUCUCCAGCUGAAGGUGAUCUGACUGUGAAUAAUCUGGAUACUACUGACACUGAAGAAAACUCAUCUGACGAGUCUACACUUGAAGAACCGGAAGAAGAAUCAACUAAAUCUCCAGUUGGAACUAGUCUGACUGAAGAUAAUCAGGAAACUAUUGACACUGAAGAAAACUCAUCUGACGAUUCUACACUUGAAGAAACUGAAGAGGAAUCAACUAAAUCUCCAGCUGAAGAGGAUCUGACUGUGAAUAAUCUGGACACUACUGACACUGAAGAAAACUCAUCUGACGAGUCUACACUUGAAGAAACUGAAAAGGAACCAUCUGAACCCUUAGUAGUAAUUAGUCUGAAGGUGAAUAAUCCGGAUUCUAUUGACGCUGAUGCAGGCAAAGAAAACCCACAGGAAGAAAAUUCUACACCUGAUGUACCUGGAAGGGAACCAGUUUCAGUUGGAGUUGGUCUGACUCUGGAUGUAACUACUGGCACUGAAACAGUCAAAGAAGAAUCUUCUAACCAAGAGGUUAAGUCUACAGCCGGACAAGUUGUACCAGAAGUUGCCCCUCAACCUGAACAAAAUGACAAACAAGAAGGUGUUGAAGUUGAAAAGGAAGAGGAAACGAAACCUGAUGAAAAUGUGGAUGAUAUCACCAUACAAGAAGAAAAUCCAACCAAUCUUCAAGAUGACGAUUCAGACGAUGAUUCAAUCUUUGAAAGCCAAGUCGACUUUCAGUAUAAAACUAUAGGUCAAUCUGUGUAUGUUGUUUCGACUAAUCUUACUGCCUCUAAGGAGGGCUCAGAGGAACCCGUAAGGUUCAAUGGAACUCAUCUUACUAUUUAUGAUGGUGAAGUGGUUACAUUUGUGCUUGAAGGUAAAUAUCUCAAAGUCGCUAAGGAUAAAUAUGUACAAGUUAAUGGGGACGGUUUGCUAUUAGUAUCAACCAGAGAUAAAGCUUCCCCUGUUUGGUCAGUGGCAGAAAAUCUGAUUCAUUAUGCAUCAGGAGGUUCCGGUAGUGUAGCUGCUGAAUUUAAUGCUUGUCCUCAGAAUGGAUACGCUAUAUUUGUUAAUGUUAAAUGUAACAGUCAACAAACUAUUGCUGCCAAUGGCCCAGUCAUUGUAGGGGUAAGCUCUACUGCCACCAUGCAAGCUGUUAUUAGUGACAACGGCUCCGUUGCUUUUCAAACCAUUGCUGGCAAAGUUGGUAUAUUAGCUCCAAGCCAAGUUGAAACUAUCCCCAGCCAGUCUAAUGUCUCAGCUCCAAACCAAACUGAAGAUCCAGAUUUAGAUGAAAUCAAAGAUGCAGAGGAUCAAUUAGAAACAGGUAAUUAUGUCACAAACAGAAAUGGCGAUACUAUUAAAGGAUCUACUUUGGUCACAGUCAAUAUUCAAAGUGCGGCAGUUACUACCAUUCCUGUUAGCACUAUAACAAUGACAGUUACAAAGUAUGAUAAAGCUAUCGGAGAAGAGAAUAUUGAAACGAUCACCACUACAAUUUAUUCCGUUAGUUUUAGUGCGUCCUAUCCUGCUAAACAUCAACCAGUUAUUGCGGGGGGAGAUGCUGCGCAUAUGACAGAGUAUCUACAAGCUGAUGUACCAUUAGAAGAUCAACCAGAUGCUGACCACGGAGCUUUCUCAGAGGAUCAAGAUGGAGAGCAAGUAGGAUGGUAUACUGUUCGUCCUAAAUCACCCAAUGUUCUCCUUAUUCAUGAUAAAAAAUUGGUUAAUGGUGCCCCAAAGUUAUCAUCUUCCGAAUUCAAUGCAAAGCUUGGUUUGUUGUUUGUUUUUAUUUUGUUUAUUUAA